ACGUAAGACAUGCCUGUCGUAUUGUACUUAGAUUUUAGAGUAUAUAUAUUGAGGCAGAUCAAAGUGAAUUAUAAGCCGAACCCAUGGCUGCAAUAUAUACUUUCUCGUUGAUCCUUCUCUCUCUUGUUAUGUGUCUACAAUUAUCAUAUUCAGCAGUGGACACCAUGCAUCAUGGUUCAUCCCUCUCAGUGGAGGAACCAAAAGAUGUCAUGCUCUCACCAAAUGCCAUGUUCUCUGCGGGCUUUUAUGCUGUUGGUGAAAACGCAUAUUCCUUCGCCGUUUGGUAUUCCGAACCCAAUGGCCGACCCCCAAACCCAACCUUCGUAUGGAUGGCAAACCGUGACCAACCAGUGAACGGCAAGCGCUCAAAGUUUUCGCUACUUGGCAACGGCAAUCUCGUCUUAAACGACGCUGACGGCUCCGUCGUUUGGUCGACGGACAUUGUUUCAUCUUCCUCCGCAGUGCAUCUAUCUCUCGACAACACCGGUAACCUCGUUCUCCGUGAAGCGAAUGACAGGCGCGACGUCGUUUUGUGGCAAAGCUUUGAUUCCCCUACGGAUACCCUUCUGCCUCAGCAAGUGUUCACGAGACACUCGAAACUUGUCUCUUCUAGAAGCGAGACAAACAUGUCCUCGGGUUUCUACACCUUGUUCUUCGACAAUGACAACGUUCUUCGUCUUCUUUACGAUGGUCCUGAUGUUUCUGGCCUUUACUGGCCAGAUCCAUGGUUGGCCCCUUGGGACGCUGGAAGGUCCAGUUACAACAACAGCAGAGUUGCUGUGAUGGACACACUCGGCAGUUUUAAUUCCUCAGAUGAUUUCCAUUUCAUGACUUCUGAUUACGGCAAAGUCGUCCAAAGAAGGUUGAUCAUGGAUCACGAUGGAAACAUUCGUGUUUACAGUCGGAGACACGGUGGAGAGAAAUGGUCUGUUACGUGGCAAGCCAAAUCAACACCGUGUAGCAUUCAUGGAAUUUGUGGCCCCAAUAGUUUGUGCUCUUAUCAUCAAAAUUCUGGCUUGAAGUGCUCUUGCCUUCCCGGGUAUAAGAGGAAGAACGAUAGCGAUUGGUCUUAUGGCUGUGAACCGAAAGUUCAUCCAUCUUGCAAAAAAACAGAGUCUCGGUUCUUGUAUGUACCCAACGUUAAGUUAUUUGGUUUUGACUAUGGGGUCAAGGAAAAUUACACGCUCAAGGAGUGUAAGGAGUUAUGCCUUCAAUUAUGCAAUUGCAAAGGGAUCCAGUAUACCUUUUACGAUACCAAAGGGACUUAUACCUGCUACCCAAAGUUGCAGUUGCGGCAUGCCAGUAGUAUACAGUAUUUUACUGAUGAUUUGUAUUUGAAACUCCCAGCAAGCAGUUCAUAUUCUAAUGAGGGGUCCACAGAUGAGCAAGGUCUUAAUUGUUCUUCGAGAACGAUAAAGAUUGAGAGGACAUAUGACAAGGGUCAUGAAAACAGGUAUGUUAAGUUCUUGGUUUGGUUUGCAACGGGAGUGGGAGGACUUGAACUUCUGUGCGCAUUUGUGGUUUGGUUUUUUCUGGUGAGAACAACGGGGAAACAAGAUUCUGGUGCAGAUGGGCGGGUCUACGCUCUGGCCGGUUUUAGAAAAUUCAGUUAUUCUGAGCUGAAACAAGCCACCAAAGGGUUUAGUCAAGAGAUAGGAAGGGGUGCAGCAGGGGUUGUAUACAAAGGUGUGUUGUUGGAUCAACGAGUUGCGGCAGUGAAGAGACUGAAGGAUGCUAAUCAAGGAGAAGAAGAGUUCCUCGCGGAAGUAAGCUGCAUUGGAAGGCUUAACCACAUGAACUUGAUUGAGAUGUGGGGAUACUGUGCUGAGGGAAAACACAGGCUAUUGGUGUACGAGUACAUGGAGCAUGGGUCUCUUGCAAAAAAUAUCGAGUCCAAUGCAUUGGAUUGGACCAAAAGAUUUGACAUAGCCCUUGGUACAGCAAGAUGUCUGGCUUAUCUUCAUGAGGAGUGUUUGGAGUGGAUUCUACACUGUGAUGUGAAGCCCCAAAACAUACUUCUAGAUUCUAAUUAUCAUCCAAAGGUAGCGGAUUUCGGGCUGUCCAAGUUGCGAAACAGAAAUGAAACUACAUACUCUAGUUUUUCAACGAUACGAGGAACAAGAGGUUACAUGGCUCCUGAGUGGAUUUUUAAUCUACCAAUCACAUCCAAAGUUGACGUUUAUAGCUAUGGAAUUGUUGUUUUGGAAAUGGUCACUGGAAGGAGCAUAACAAAGGAUAUUGAAGCCACAGAUAAUGGAGUAGUAAACCAGCAUCUCAGCAUGGUCACGUGGCUUAAAGAGAGGCAGAAAAAUGGAUUUACGUGUGUUAGUGAAAUCUUAGACCCCACGGUAGAAGGAGUAUAUGAUGAGGGUAAGAUGGAAACUUUGGCUAGAGUGGCUCUGCAAUGCAUAGAGGAAGAGAAGGACAAGAGGCCCACCAUGAGCCAAGUAGUAGAGAUGCUUCAGGAAUCUAGCCGCUAAACUCAUAAUCGGUGAUCCAUAAUCACAAGAUGAGUGUCAUUUCAUAAAUUAUUGUGAUGAUCGAUCACCAAUUGUGAUAAGACUGAUUUUGUGAUCAAUCAUCAUAACCAAUUACGUACUUUCUUCAGUAAUAUUUUAAUAGAUGCCAGUGUUUUUUUAUCAUAAAAUGUUAAAUGUAAUUGGUUAGUUUGUUGUUGUACUUUUCUGGUUGAAUGUUAAUCAUCCCCUCUACUUUAAAUCUCUUAGCGUUUAUAUACUUGAGACUCAA